CCGGUAGAAAACGGUAAGGGUACAAUGUCCAGUGUGUGAACUCACCCCCGAGAGUGUUUGGCCUGCAGCGGUGGUGCAGUCGUCGAGGAAGUUUUUCGCGACUAGAUCCACCGGUCUCCUAAAAAGAUUAAUUGUUUAAGGUCGCUAUGCCAGCUGGCAUUUCGGCGUUGGCACCCUCAAAUCCGGAGACCUUCAACCUCGGCGACAAAGAACUACCAGCGUUUACCAUCCUCCAGAAGGAUGGCCUCGACUCUUCGCUACCUUUGCUACACGCCGAAGACGACAUGGAUUUCGAAAUGUCGAAUAAAAUUAUUUCUCAAAAUUUGUACAACCAGAAACAGUUUAGCAGAUCGAACGAUCACCUGCUACUGGCGAGCCUCCAGAACCAGCAAUCAAAUCCGCUGAAAGCCAAGCACAGUAAAAGCCAGGGGAAUCUCAAUAGAGAUAAGCCUGAAGUUAAAGCUCCAAUGAUUCUGUCGACCGAAGAUUUCACCGAAGUCUUGAACGCGAAGCUACGAAAGGUACGAGAAGAAGAAGAUCACGGUAAAUCGAGAAAACUUUACACCGGUAACAACAAUAAUUUCAUAUCGAGAAAGCCUUUCAUCACAACGGUGAAAACCGGUGAAUUCCUGAUGCCGCCACCGGAAGUAGCUUCUCUCCUUGGCAUAGCUGUGAACAGCAGCUCUAACAGCGGGGACGAUCCAAGUCCAAGGUCAAAGUUCCGGCCGUUGAACUUGCUGACAAAAAAGCCGGAAAUCAGACACCAAAGUCAUCACUCGAGGUGCCAAGCCGCCCUGAAGGCGACCACGGAUUUCUCAAUGGCUUUGGUGAACUCGGCAGCGCCGGCGGCGGAGCCGAAUAGGUGGAAGAGGAGCGCGCCACCGACGCAAACCGAACAAGCACCAAUGCCUAGAGCGUUACCGAAAAAAUUGGAACCGAUCCCGAGCACCAUUCUGCCGAACCGUGAUCAACCGGUUCCCUUCGGGAACAUUAUGUUCGAUCGUCGCGUCGUUCGCGGGAGUACUUUCGCCUCAACUCCGAUGCCUGUGGACAGUGAACAAUCGCAGGCCGCGCUUCAGGCGGAAGCCAGGCGUCGACAACUCGCGAGAAGACGGGCACAGACUCAGGCGAGUCGAGCGUUGCACUUACGGAUCGGUUCUCCACCGCCGGUUUCCGGUAGGAAACACGAACCGGUGCAGACGGAAACCUACCUCGAAGAGCUAUUUGAAAAACCGGACGAAUUCGACAUCGGCACGCAGACCGAUCACUUCCUCGAUCGACCACCAACGCCUCUCUAUUGUCCGGCGAAAGUUGGAACGGAUCAGUGUACUCAGAUAUACCCUGGUGACUUAUUCGACUACGAUGUCGAGGUGCAGCCUAUCAUUGAGGUACUGGUUGGGAAGACCAUCGAACAAUCGCUCAUCGAGGUUCUCGAAGAGGAAGAAGUUGCGACCUUGCGGGAGCAGCAGCGGAAAUUCCUGGAGCUGCGGGAGGCAGAAAAGGCAGAAGCACAGCGUCUCGAGGAACAAGAGAGACGAUUACGCGAAGAGAAAUGCCGACGUCUGAAGCAACACGAGGAAGCGGUAAAUACCCAGUUGGAGACAGAAGAGCGGGUAGCUGCGGCAGUUCUUCUAACGGGAUACAUCGCAGAACUUUUACCGGCAGUCCUGGAGGGAUUAAAGAUGUCAGGGUUCCUGCUGGAUGAAAUCAAAGCAGACGUCGAGGAGGGCUUCAUGCCGUGGCUGAUGAAGGAGGUGAAAAAAGAGAUGGGCAACAUGAUCGAGAGCCGAGAGUUGCUGAUGGAUAUCAUCAGAGAGAUACUGGAGAAUCGUGCUGAGACGUAUCGUCGCCUGGGCGAAGAUUACGACGCCUCCAGAGACCAGUUCGACCUUGAGGAACAGGACGAGGGUGAAGGCGAGGGCCACACUCGGGACGUGGACUUCGUCGAUUACGAGCCCCCAGCCCUGGACGAUGUCAAUCCAGCUUAGCAGUCGUGCUACAACGUUCUAUGUUCGUCCAAAUGGCCCUUUCUAACGCUGAAAAAAUGGGAUCAAGUAACAUCGCGAGAUUGAAGAUCGCACGAUACGUAGUGCCUGAUAAUACGUAAUACCUAGUUAUUAUGAAUAACUGUAUUCAAAUUUUAACCGCAAAUAACUUGCUAUUUACUCUUAGUUAAGCACUAUACGAUCGAUGCAUGUCGAAAAAAGAGAAUAAAUAUUGCUCAUACAA